UCGAAAAGAAAAGAAAUAUAUAUCUGAAAACUUUUUUCUCUUUCUCGAGAAGUCAGCCGUUCGUCCGUCAGCUACCGCGCACGUUUGACGCCGAGCCUAGCCAACCGCCGUCGAUCGCUACGCCUCGUCGCCGGCUACCGAUCGUCUCACCGUGCCGUUUCCGUCCGCCGCCGGUGAAGCCCCUCUUCCAUUCGUCUCCAUCAUAGUUACCAUUCGUUCAGCGCCUGCCAGCCACCCCCCGACGCUGUGCCGCUGCCUUCCCCUGAGUUCGCAGUCUUCAGUGCCGCCGUCGCCGGAAUCAGUGUUUUGGAAAGUCAGGUUGUUACACAAAGCUAGUGCAAUAAAUUUUGAAUUGAAGCUCUCCGGGGUUUGAUCAGAAAAAAAUAGGGAUGAGUGUUAACAAACUGGCAUCCUCCACUCAUUUCCACCCAAUUCCAUUGAUGGUAAGAAACUCUCUUCAAUGGAUAAGCAACUCCACCUUACAAUCAAACCUAUCUUUCACACCAAAAGGACCAUCCAUUUGGGCCACAAAUCUCAUCAAAUCAUACUUCGAGAAAGGCUUAACCAAAGAAGCUUGUAACCUGUUUGAUGAAAUGCCUGAAAGAGAUGUGGUCGCCUGGACUGCUAUGAUUGUUGGGUUUACCUCUUGCAAUCACUACCCUCAAGCGUGGAGUGUGUUCUGUGAGAUGUUGAGGAGUGAAAUUCAGCCAAAUGCCUUCACUAUGUCUAGUGUUCUCAAGGCUUGCAAAGGCAUGAAGGCUCUUUCAUGUGGGGCUUUGGCUCAUAGUCUUGUAAUAAAGAAUGGUAUUGACAGGUCGAUGUACGUGCAGAAUGCUCUCUUGGACAUGUAUGCUGCUUCUUGUGCUACCAUGGAUGAUGCAUUGACUGUGUUUAAUGAUAUACCUCUGAAGACUGCUGUAUCAUGGACUACUUUGAUUGCAGGGUUGACUCACAGAGUUGAUGGCUACAGUGGGCUUCAAGCUUUCAGGCAAAUGUUACUGGAAGAUGUUGAACCAAACUCAUUCAGCUUUUCAAUUGCGGUUAGAGCUUGUGCUUCAAUCAGGUCGUAUUCAUGUGGAAAGCAAAUACAUGCAGCAGUCACCAAAUAUGGCCUCCAUUGUGAUGUUCCAGUAAUGAAUUCAAUACUCGACAUGUAUUGCAGGUGUAAUUAUUUAUGUGAUGCAAAAAGAUGCUUUUGUGAAAUGACCCACAAGAACUUAAUUACAUGGAACACCUUGAUAGCGGGAUAUGAAAGGUCAGAUUCCAGUGAGUCUCUAAGUUUAUUUUUACAAAUGGGGUCUGAAGGCUAUGAACCGAAUUGCUUUACAUUCACAAGUAUUACAGCUGCUUGUGCCAAUUUAGCGGUCUUAAGCUGUGGACAACAAGUUCAUAGUGGAAUUGUUCGUAGAGGAUUUGACAAGAAUGUAGCAUUGAUCAAUGCACUUAUCGACAUGUACGCAAAGUGCGGAAACAUAAAUGAUUCACACAAACUCUUCUGUGAUAUGCCUGAAAGAGAUUUGGUUUCCUGGACUACCAUGAUGAUUGGCUAUGGGGCACAUGGAUAUGGGAAAGAGGCCGUGAAGUUGUUCGAUGAAAUGGUUCAAAGUGGAAUUCAACCUGAUCGGAUUGUAUUCAUGGCAGUCCUAAGUGGUUGCAGCCAUGCUGGACUUUUGGACAAGGGACUAGGAUAUUUUAGAUCUAUGCUGGAGGUUUACAAUCUAAACCCAGAUCAAGAAAUCUACGGGUGUGUGGUGGACUUGCUUGGCCGUGCUGGGAGAGUCGAGGAGGCUUUUCAACUUGUUGAGAGCAUGCCAUUUGAACCUGAUGAGUCUGUUUGGGGUGCUCUUCUUGGAGCUUGUAAAGCGUAUGAACUUUCCAAUCUAGGGAAUUUGGCAGCUCAAAGAGUAUUGGAUACAAAGCCAAACAUGGCGGGGACUUACCUGCUGUUGUCCAAUAUAUAUGCAGCUGAAGGUAAAUGGGGCGAGUUCGCCAAAAUGAGGAAGCUGAUGAAAGGGAUGGUCAACAGGAAAGAAGCGGGUAAGAGUUGGAUUGAAAUCAGAAAUGAAGUCUAUAGUUUUGUGGUUGGAGAUAAGACGGGCCCUCACAUAGAGUGGGUGCACAAGGUUAUCGAACUACUUAUUUGGCAUAUGAAAGAUGGGGAUGUGACAGAUUUGGAUUACAUAGUAGAAUAUCUAGAAGGGACUUAAACCAGAACAUGAUUACUGGGAAGACUUCAUGAAACAAUAUGAAAUUUGGAAUAUCAUAUGCUUCCUUUUCCAGAAACAUCGUUGUCAACAUGAUUGAAACAAGAAGAUGAAAAUGAUAUUAGCAAAUGAGCCGAAUACUUGGACAUUGGUUUCAACCACUACCACUUGAAGAUGAAAUAUGGGGAGCAUACUUGGUCCUAGCAAAAUGAACCAUCUAACCGUUUGCAAAUGCAUCGUUGAUCAUUGAUAUCCGAGCAUCGGUAUGUCUAUGAUUAUUUUGAAGUUUGGUGAGAAGAAAGUCGUUAGAUUUCCUAUCUGUUGUUUAAAAUGUCAUAAACUGUUAGUUGAGUUCACUGUAUUGAGUAAAAUGACCAACUUUACUCCAUUGAGUUUUCUCAUUAAGAAAAUUGUUAGGCCCUGUUCUGAAACAUUUUAGGUGGUUUUGAGAUUCAAAGUGAUAUUUAGGCAUUUUUUAGGUGGACUUGUGAGUCAAAGUGUCGGUUUAGUAUCUUUUUUAGGUUGUUUUGAGAGUCAAAGUGACAUUUAGGUACUUUUUACGAACUUUUUAGGUUUUUGAUAGUCAAAAUGUUAUUUUGGCACUGUUUAGGAGGGUUUGAGAGCGAAAGUGGCUCUUCUGUAUUUUUUUUUAUUAGGUUUUGACAGUCAAAGUGUCAUUUACACGCUUUUUAGAAACUUUUUAGGUAAUUGUGUCAUUUCUAGGUCUUUUAGUGAAAAGGAACCUAAGCCCCAGCCAACUUGUCUAAUUUUGCUUGAACAACAUUCUUUAUUUUGUUGCAAUAAUACUCUAUUAAUGAGUCUUUUUGAUUGGUGUUUUA